GCAAGUUCAUGAGCCACCACAUGAGCUCUGGUGGCAUCUCCCUUAAUUACAGUGGGUGUCAAGAACACCAUUCUCGAAUUCUCCAUUCCUCCAUACGGGAAGCUUGGAGGGAGCACCAAUAAAUCAAAUCUCUCCCAUUCAUAAGCCUUGAAAAGCUUUUCUCCAACCCAGAUAAUCUCCUCAGUACCGGCGGACUCCUCGACGGCGGCAUCCAACACGACAAGGCUCACGAGCAUUUGGAGCCUGCUCUACAUCUCACCUUCUCACUUUUUUCAAUCCACAAACCCUAACCCGCAAACAUUCAUCUCCGAACCGAACCACAUUAAUCAUUCAACUGAUUUUGGAUUUCAUCAUUUUGUCGAGAACAACAAGUGGGUGCAGACCAGAGAGAAGAAGAGAGGGUAUGGUGAAACCUUAGGAUCAUAGUCAUAUUGGAAAAUUUCACAUUUAAGAAGGAAAUUUGUAAGAAACAAAAAUGAUGCAUAGUUUGUUCUUUCGUGGAGUGCGUAAAUCGAAGAGCGGGCGAUUGAUAAUCAACAAGGUUACUCUCAGAUCAAGGCGGCGUUUUCUCUGCACCGCGACAGAAAACGAAGUCGCAGCUGAAGAUAUCUCCAAGAUUUUGGGGCUUAACAGCUGGGAGUUACUCUUAGAUUCAUCGGCAGUGCCGUCAAAACUCAAUCCUGAUGUGGUUUACUCGGUGCUUCACAGAAGCAGGUCGGUUGUCCACCCUAAACGCCUGCUUUCCUUCUUUGAUUGGUCGGCCCGCAAAAUGAGUAUUCCUCCCACCAUCAAUUCUUUUGCGAUCCUUACUGUGCUAUUGUGUGAUUCCAACUUAAAUUCGCCUGCCUGUAGUUUAUUGGAGAAGAUGAUUGAAUGUCGAUUUCCUGUUUCGGAUAUUUUGAGCUCAUUGCUUUGUUGCUACGAAGAAUGUAAUAGGUCCAGUUCAAGUUCCCUAGUGUUUGAGUUGCUAAUUAUUGCUUUUAGGAACAAAGGCAUGUUCGAUGAAGCUGUUUCAGUGUUCUUGGGUGUUAAAGAUGUUGGGUUUUCGCCUAGUUUGUUGUGUUGUAACUCAUUGUUGAAUGAAUUAACAAAGAGGAACAAAAUGGAGAUGUUUUGGAGUGUGUAUAACGGAAUGGUGGAGAGGAUGAUUUCUCCAGAUGUGUAUACUUUCACUGCUGUUAUAAAUGCUUAUUGCAAGUCUGGGAAUGUUAGAGAUGCCAAAAACGUGCUCUUUGAGAUGGGAGAGAAGGGAUGUAAUCCGAAUUUGGUUACUUAUAAUGUGGUCAUCAGAGGGUUGUGCAGCACGGGGCUUGUUGAUGAGGCGGUAGAGUUGAAGAGGACUAUGGCGGAGAAUGGCCUGGCCCCAGAUAGUUAUACUUAUUCCUCACUCAUAGAUGGGUUCUGCAAGCAGAAGAGGUCCCGGGAAGCUAAGUUGGUUUUGAAGGAAAUGUGGGAAAUGGGUCUAAAUCCCAAUCAUUUUUCGUAUACUCCACUGAUUCAUGGUUUCAUGAAAGAGGGCGAUGUAGAAGAAGCAUUGAGAAUUAAGGAUGAUAUGGUUGCACGUGGAAUCAAGUUGAACCUUGUGACCUAUAAUACUCUCUUGAAUGGGCUCUGUAAAAUUGGUGAGAUGGAGAAAGCUACAAAUAUGAAGGACGAAAUGAUUGCAAUGGGCAUAUUCCCCGAGACUCGGUCAUACAAUCAUUUGUUGGAGGGAUACUGUCUACAGAAUAACAUGGAAAAGGCUUGUGAAAUAAUGUUUGAGAUGAAUGAGAGAAAGUUGGUACCUUCUGCUUACACUUUUGGUUUCCUGAUUAAUGGAUUUUGUCAUAUUGGAGAUCGCCACCAAGCAAUCCUUAUUUUGGAGAAAAUGAUUGGGAUGGGUAUUAGAGCAAAUUCUGUUAUUUUGACACAUAUUUUAAAAAGUUUUGUUCAGGAUGGGACGUUUGAAGAAGCACAAAAUUUCUUGGAUGAAAUGUGGCAGAAAGGUAUGUCACCCGAUGUUUUUUGCUAUAAUUGCAUUAUUAUUGGUCUGUGCAAAGCAGGAAGAAUGGAAGAAGCACAAACGUGUUUAACUAAAAUGGAGAAGAGGAAAUUAAGACCGAAUGACUACACUUUUGGGGCUUUUAUUUCUGGUUACAAGGAAAAAGGUGAAAUGCAAAUGGCCGACAAGUAUUUUUGUGAAAUGCUAGAUCGAGGUAUAGCACCUAAUGUUGUACUCUAUACAUACGUGAUUGAUGGACACUGUAAAAUUGGGAAUAUAACAAAAGCACUUUCACAGUUGAGAUGCAUGCUUGAACAAGGGCUCCUCCCCGAUGUGAAACUAUAUACUGUACUUAUAGAUGGCCUCUCAAAGGCAGGAAAGUUUUCAGAAGCAAUGAAGGUUUUUUCUGAACUCUACGAUAGGGGUUUAAAACCUGAUGUUUUUACUUACACCUCUAUAAUUUAUAGUUUCUGCAAGCAUGGUAAUUUGGAAGAGGCUUUUCGACUUCAUGAUGAAAUGUACGAGAAGGGUAUUCUUCCAAAUAUUGCCACAUAUAAUGCCUUAAUAGGUGGUCUUUGCAAGUCGGGUAACAUUUUGAGAGCUAGGGAAUUGUUCGAUGGAAUCUCUAUAAAGGGCUUGGCACCAAAUGGCAUGACAUAUGCUACUAUUAUAGAUGGUUACUGCAGAUCCGGGAAUCUAACUGAAGCAUUUCAUUUGUUGGAAGAAAUGCAAUCAAAGGGCAUUCAACCAGAGGCCUUCGUGUACGAUGUGAUUAUCAAUGGAUGCUUCAAGGAAGAGGAAUCAGAGAGGGCGUUAUUGAUAUUUCAUGAAACGGUACAGAAGGGAAUCGCAUCCACAAGUACUUUCAAUGCGAUGAUUCACGGGUUUUGCAAAUCAGGAAGAUUGAAUGAUGCCCUUGGGUUGAUGAACGACAUGCUCGAUAAAAAAAUCCCACCUAAUCAUGUAACUUACAACAUUUUGAUUGAUCUCCUGUGCAAUAUGGGCAAGACGAAUGAAGCGGAGGAACUUCUCCUAGAAAUGCUAAGGCAGAAUCUGAUGCCAACGAAUGCCACUUAUAGGUCACUUAUACUUGCCUAUGGUAGAAUAGGGGAAAGAUCAAAGAUGUUUUCACUGUUCAAUGAAAUGAUGGCUAAGGGUAUAGAGCCUGAUGAAUUAGUGCACAGCGCGAUGGUUAAUGCACUGUACAAAGAUGGGAGUUUGCAGAAAGCCUUUAAGCUUUGGGAUGAACUAGUGGAGAGAGGUGUAUUCAGAGGACACGUGAAUGAGACAUUGGUAGAGUCCUUGUGUGAAAAUGGGGAUAUUUCUGAACUAUUGACAUCACUUAAUGAAAUUGGAAAGCAAGGGUUUGUUCCUAGUGUUACUAUGUGCAGCACUUUAGUCCACGGGUUGAAUAAAGCGGGAUAUUCAGAAAAAUUAGCUGCAGCUUUGGAAACUAUGGUAAGGUUUUCUUGGGUCCCUAAAUCGACGACUCUGAGUGACUUGAUCAGUCAAUACCCGACAAAUGAAAAUGCAGAAAGUAUUAUCAACCCUAUGAAGCAAGCAGAACCUGCCUGCCAGGUUCAAGCCUAGCUCAAUAGCUCAUUAAAAGCACAAGGAAUGUAUAAUUUUGCUGCGAAUCUUUUAUGUUACUGCUUCUCCAUUCAAAGGUGGAUAUGGUUUUCACCUUACCCCCCUGUGUUCAUGUUCAUUUUUACUACCAAACGAGAGGUGGUAAGUGCUAUUGCCAUUGGGAUUCACCUCGUGAGAGGUGGAAUGGUGAUCAGCGAUCUCAUGAAUUUGGAAGCAGUCUAGAGGUUACACCUCCACUUCCCAAAUCCUUUUGUGGUCCCAAAUUUAUAAGUAAGAUCCUGAAGACGAAGCAUAAUACCUGUUGUGGAUGAUUUGGCAGGGAAGAUGAGACAUGGAAUUGGCUCUACUCAAGAUUCACAUUGACGCCAUCAGAUCCUCAGUUGUCAUUUAAAUUUCAAUCUCGGUUGCCAUUUAAAUUCCAAAGGAGACAAUUUUUGUAGUGUUGUCUUAUGCAAUGACAAUAAAUAAGAGUUAAGUCAAAGUCAUUCUAAUGUUGAAUUA